GAGUUAGUUAUAAAGCUGUCGUUGCUAAGUUAAUUUGGGAAAAUUUAAAAAAUAUGGGGAAGCUUGGUUUUUUAUUAUUUACAUUGGGAAGUUUUGUUUUGGCUAGUGCUAAAUUACCUAAAUUUAUUGAGCCCUGCAGUAAAUCAGCGGCGGAUUUCCAGAAGUGCUGCACAGACCAUGGAAACAAAGCCCUACCAUUACUUCUACAAGGAGAUAAAGAACUGAAAAUACCUAAACUGAAUCCCUACCAUCUAGAUAAAGUCGUAGCUGAUGCAGGACCUAACCUAAAAAUUACCCUCACAAAUAUAGAGUUGCAAGGUGUGGAUUCACUAAAGGUGACUGACAUGAAUGUUGAUUUUGAUAAAAAAACAGUCUACAUAUCCCUACAUGCCGAGCGUGUUAUGUUGAUAGGAACAUAUGCUAUUGAUGGUAAAAUUCUUGUUUUACCAAUAAAAGGAAACGGUCCACUGAAUAUAACAAUUGUGGACAGUCAAUUUAAAUACAGCUUCUCAUAUAAACUGGAAAACAGGGCCGGUGUGGACUAUGCAAUAGUCCAAGACAAUGAUUCGCUGGACUUCAAAAUUAGCAAAUCGUAUUACAAAUUGGAUAAUUUGUUCAACGGCAAUAAAGCAAUGGGAGAUAACGUUAAUAAAUUCUUAAACGAAAAUGAUCAAGAUAUUAUUAAAGAACUUAGCGCAACUAUAAAAGCAGUCAUUACAUCAAUUGCACGAACUACAGGGGGAGGAGUCUUAUCAACAAUCCCCUUCAGUGAAUUAUUUUUACCAUAGGACCUAAUAGGUAUUUGACUUAUUAGAAGAUACCUACUUUAAGAAGUUUUUUCUUUAAAGACGGUUUGUAUUAUUUAUACACAAAAAAAAAUUGAAAAAGAUUGUUGAUAAUAAAUAAAACAUUGUCCGUUGAAAAA